AUGGCCAGCUUUUUCGAUCUCAAGGCUAGGAAAGCGGCCGCUGCAAAUGGAGCUUCAUCGCAGAAGCAAGAUAAACCAGCCGACGUACGGGCUCAGCCUUGGGUUGAGAAAUACCGCCCCAAGAGCCUUGACGAUGUCACUGCUCAAGAUCACACAGUGACCGUUCUCCAGAGGACACUACAAGCUUCAAAUCUCCCGCACAUGUUAUUUUACGGCCCUCCCGGCACAGGCAAAACAUCCACCAUCCUUGCCCUUGCAAAAGAGCUUUACGGUCCGGAGAUGAUCAAGUCACGAGUCCUUGAGCUGAACGCGUCCGACGAGCGUGGUAUCUCGAUUGUUCGACAGAAGGUCAAAGAUUUUGCACGAAUGCAGUUGACUAACCCGCCGCCAUACUACAAAGACAAAUAUCCCUGCCCACCGUUCAAAAUCAUCAUUCUAGACGAGGCCGAUUCCAUGACGCAAGAUGCCCAGAGCGCUUUGAGACGAACGAUGGAGACAUAUAGCAAAAUCACACGCUUUUGCCUAAUUUGCAACUAUGUCACCAGAAUUAUCGAUCCCCUGGCGAGUCGAUGCAGCAAAUUUCGCUUCAAGAGCUUGGAUCAGGGCAAUGCGAAGAGGCGGUUGGAGUCAAUAGCAGAGGCCGAAGGGGUUACACUUGAAGAUGGUGCUGUGGAUUCCCUUAUAAAGUGCAGCGAGGGCGAUCUGCGAAAAGCCAUUACCUUUCUGCAGAGUGCCGCGCGAUUGGUUGGAGCGAAGCCUUCAGAAAAGGACGGUGAAGGUGACGAGUCUAUGGAUGUAGACAAAAGGCCAGUGACUGUCAAGAUUGUUGAGGACAUCGCCGGUGUGAUACCUCGCUCAACAAUCAACGACCUCGUCAAGGCUAUGCGCCCAAGUACAUCGGCAGAGGCAUAUCGGUCCAUAUCCAAGGUGGUAGAGGAUCUCGUCGCAGACGGUUGGAGUGCUGGUCAGGUAGUAAACCAGCUGUAUCAAGAGAUAGUCUUUGAUGAAAUUGUUCCUGAUGUUCAAAAGAACAAGAUCGUUCUCGUCUUCUCUGAAGUCGAUAAGCGAUUGGUCGAUGGAGCAGACGAGCAUCUAUCAAUUCUUGAUCUGGCAAUGAGGAUAUCUGCCAUCAUGUCCGAAAAAUGA